CAAUUCGAGCCGCAGGGUUUGGCACAAAUCGCCUACGCGUACGGGAAGUUAGACAUCAAAAGUGGACUGCUCUUCGAGCGACUGGCGCACAUGUUGCUCCGUGUCGCGGACCGGCUAACCCCGCAGGGCAUCGCCUGUGUGUGCUACGGCUUCGCCAAACUGAACGUGCGCCACGACGACCUUUUUGCGCAACUCCGCGAUGAAGUGGUCUACCGUGGCACUGUUGUGCGCGACAAAGGGCGCAAAGACUACGCUGAGGAAGUGCGCCGCGAGGCCGGACUCGAAGUAUUGCCCGCAAAGGAUAGUGUUCGUGCUGCCAAAUUACGGCGGUUAUCUCGUAAGGUGAUGGACGCGUCUGCCGGCGCCGACGCGGGUGGCACGAACACGCUGUCCCGCAAACAGAAAGAGCUCUUCUCUUUUUCAGUGCGAAGUCUGGAGCAGAUCGCGCAGGCUUUCGCGAGACUAGGCUACUAUGAUCAGAGACUUUUUUUUGUCGUUUUUUCCAUGCUUCGGUCCGAAGUGGAUGGCAUGCGCAACGCUCGCGAAAAACUGGAGCUCGCACGGCGGCAGCGGCAGAAACGGCAGAUUUUGCGAGCGCUUGAGAGGCGACUAAUUUCCACUCGCAGCGUGCGCUCUGCAGAGAGCACUCGCAAGCUCCUGAAAGACCGCAAGAGGCUUACGACCCAAGCGGAGACACUGUUCGAAAAGUAUUUGAAGUCGUCGAACUACAGGUCUCUGGCGGACGUGUCUGCGAGUACGCAGCCGGCUCUCUCCUUAAGAUCAGCGCAGAAACAUACUUUGACUUACUAGAAGGAACAAGGACGUGGUAGGAAAUUGCCUCAACAAAAAGCUCUUAGUCAAU